AGAAAUUUGAAGCACCGAUUUCAUUUCCAUCUCCAGGCUCUCCUGCUGCAGGCCCUCAACGAGCUUUCCUCUCUCUCUCUCUCUCUCUCUCUCUCUCUCUCUCUCUCUCUCCUUAGAUUUGCAGCGAUGAAGAGCCGAGGCACUGCCAAAGUCUCUGUCAAGUUUAUUCCGAUCCUCUGUAUAUUUUGCUUCGCUCUUGGAAUUCUCUUCUCUAACAGGGCAUGGGACCCACCUGAAUCCAAUGGCCAUCUCAUGGCGCAGCGUCGACGUGAACAAGAGUUGCAAGUUGUCUCCGAAGACUCCACAGCUCAGAAGAAGCUUUCACAUGAUAAAGAUGUGAUGGACGAAGUUUUGAAAACUCAUGAUGCUAUUCAGCCUGCCAGAUCGCUAGACAAGUCAGUUGCUAUGCUUCAGAUGCAGUUAGCUGCAUCUAGGAGUUCUCAGGAAAUGAGCUUGAAUGGCUCCGCUGCCCUGUCCGUUUUGUCUCAUGAGGGUCCGCCCCGGCAGAAAGUGUUCAUGGUUAUUGGAAUUAAUACAGCUUUUAGCAGUAGAAAGAGGCGUGACUCUGUCAGAGAGACUUGGAUGCCUCAAGGGGAGAAGCUUCUUCAAUUGGAGCGCGAGAAGGGGAUUGUCAUUCGCUUCAUGAUUGGCCAUAGUGCAACAUCUAAUAGCAUUUUAGAUAGAGCCAUUGAUUCAGAAGAUUCUCAGCAUAAGGAUUUCCUUAGACUGGAGCAUGUUGAAGGAUACCAUGAAUUGUCUGCAAAAACAAAAAUCUUCUUCUCCACUGCUGUUGCUAAAUGGGAUGCUGAAUAUUACAUCAAGGUGGAUGAUGAUGUCCAUGUUAAUCUGGGCAUGCUAGCUGCUACUCUAGCACGGCAUCGAUCAAAACCCAGAGUGUACAUUGGAUGUAUGAAGUCAGGGCCAGUUCUUGCUCAAAAGAAUGUUAAAUAUCAUGAACCAGAGUACUGGAAAUUUGGAGAGGAAGGGAACAAAUAUUUCCGACAUGCAACUGGACAGAUAUAUGCAAUCUCUAAGGAUCUUGCGACAUAUAUCUCAAUCAACCAGCCCAUAUUGCACAAGUAUGCUAAUGAAGAUGUGUCGCUUGGAUCGUGGUUUAUCGGUCUUGAGGUUGAGCACAUUGAUGACCGCAACAUGUGCUGUGGAACUCCACCAGAUUGUGAGUGGAAGGCACAGGCAGGUAAUGUGUGCAUUGCAUCUUUCGACUGGAGCUGCAGUGGAAUCUGUAAAUCAGUGGAGAAGAUCAAAUUUGUUCACGAAAGGUGUGGUGAAGGGGAUGGAGCUGUAUGGAGUGCUCUCUUUUAGAUCGAGUGGGAUGUUGCUACUUGGGCAAAUGAACAUGCAUUAAGUAUUUAUCCUGGAGUACAAUAUGGUGAGAGGCAGUUGCUAAUUCCGAUGAAGAAAACACAUGUUACUCCGUAAAAAUUUCCAAAUAUGUUGCCUUUUCCAAUUCUUGGAGAAGCCUUGGAAGAGUUUGGAGCAGGAGCUUGUGCUGUGGUUUACACAGGAGCUUUUCAUUCGAGAUGCUAGUUUGAGUAGACAUGGUUAGCCGAAGAGUGUCACCUUCCCGAAUUAUUAUCUGAUUGUGGGAGGAUACAUUACAAUACAUAAGUAUGUAUACAUAUCAUUUUUGUUUUAGAUUGGGAGCUAAAUAGUUAUUUCAUUUUGCCCCUCCUCCCUCCCAAAUACAGAAGGGAAAAAAAACAGAUAUUAUAAUUUGUUAGAUACUCCCCAAGUUUGCUGUGUAACCGGCCAUGUUAGCAGAUAUAACUGAUUCAAAUUGGGAACGCUUUCUUUAAUUAUAAAAAAAGUGUGGCCUUUUUGCGAGGUUCAUAAUUUUUUUA